CCGUAGCAGGAACCAUGUGGGCGGUGCUACUGUCUUUGACUGGACUGAGUCUGGUGAUGGGAAUGAGACACUGGUGUGAGCGCACGGUGGAGGAGAGAGAGGAGCGCGUGCUGACCCCCCGUCUGCAGAGAGAGGUGGCGUGUUCCCAGGUGUACCAGUACGACUCUCAGGGCUGGAGGCUGGACCUGGACCGCAUGCGCCACCGGCAUGGGGACGACGACGGCAUCGCACUGUACUACAGGCACCAGGGCCCCGGGGCCACCUGCUACUUAUACAAACCCCCCCAGAUACAGACCCAGCAGGUGAACCGGACGGUCCAGGGCUGCUGUGAGGGCUGGAGUGGACCUCAGUGCUCGCAGGGCGUGGGAGUGAGAGGACAGUGUUACUCCACCUGGAGCUGUGAUGACUUCCCUGGGGUGCAGAAUUCCUCCCUGAUGCCCCUGGAGCAGUGCUGCGGAACACUGUGGGGGCUGAGCUGGAGGAACGCGUCCGACCAGACCUGCCUCUCCUGCAGCUACACCCUCCUGCCUGACGCCCAGUCCCCCCUGGUGAGGGGGGGGCUGCUGAGGAGCUCCCGGGCCCCGCAGGGUGCGGCCACCUGUCUGAGCUGGGGCGGGGCGCACUACCGUACGUUUGACAGGAAGCCCUUCCACUUCCGGGGCACCUGCACCUACGUGCUGGCGUCCUCCAGCGACGGCACCUGGGCUGUGUACAUCAGCACCGUGUGCGACGCCCGUGGACCCUGCAGCAGGGCCCUGAGGAUGAUGCUGGGACUAAACCUUGUCUCCAUUCACCUGCGAAACCUGACGCUCAACGGCUUGCUGGUUCCUCAAGGGGAACCUCUCUUUCAAAAUGGCGUGAGCGUCCAUUGGCUGGGGGACUUUGUGUUUGUGGAGAGUGGUCUUGGAGUCCGGGUGAAGUUCGACAUGAGGAACACCGUGUACCUGACGGUGACCGCAGAACACCUGACCACCACCAGGGGACUGUGUGGAGUCUAUAACAACAAGCCAGAUGAUGACUUCAGCAGCAGGUUGGGAGACGUGUACCAGUUUGCCGCCAGCUUCGGUAACUCCUGGAGAGUUUUUGACCAGCACACGGAGGGCUGCAGUGAUGCAGCAGAGUUGGGGCACAGCUGCGAUGCUGCGGGGGACGGCAGGCUGCGGGGGUCCGCUGAGGCUGUCUGCCACCGCCUGCUGGAGAGCCCCUUCACACGCUGCCACCAGUGGGUGGACCCGGAGGAGUAUGUGGACACCUGCCUGUACCUGUACUGCAGCCUGGGGCCUCAGGAGAGGGACGACUCCACGUGUGACACGCUGGCCAGCUACGCUCGCGAGUGUGCCCAGCACCACGUGAUCAUCAGCUGGAGAGGAGCACAGCUGUGUGAGCGAGUGUGUCCGAGGGACCAGGUGUUCUCCGACUGUGUCUCCUCCUGCCCCCCCACCUGCUCGUCCCCCCAGCCCCCCUCCGGGGCGGGCCAGUGCAGGGAGGAGUGUGUGGGGGGGUGUGAGUGCCCCCCGGGCCGGUUCCUCCACCAGGGGGCGUGUCUGAGGAAGGAGGACUGUCCCUGCUUCCAUCGACGUCGCACCUACCAGUCUGGAGAUGCCAUCCAGCAGAGGUGCAACACCUGUGUGUGCAGGGCAGGCCAGUGGCAGUGUUCUGGGGAGAGGUGUGAGGCCCAGUGCAGCCUGAUGGGGGCGCUGCAGGUCUCCACCUUUGACAAGAAGAGGUACUCCCUGCAGGGCGGGGCCUGCUCCUUCAUCGCUGUAGAGGACUUUGUGGACAGGAAGCUGGAGGUGAGGGUGGGGUGUGGUGAGUGUGUGAUGAGGGAGGGUCAGGGCUGCCUCAGAGAGAUGUCCAUCACAGCCCUGCGUACCACCAUCACCAUCACAGAGUCUGGUGCAGUGCUGCUGAACAGCCAGAAGGUGGCGCUGCCCGUGGAGACAGGAGACCUGGUGGUGAGCCGGCCGUCGUCCUCCUUCCUGCUGGUCCAGACCUUCGGGGCUCAGCUCCUCUGGCACCUGGACGGACCCCUGGUCCUCAUCACCCUGCAGCCUGGCUUUUCCCACAAGGUCCGAGGCCUGUGUGGCACCCUGACUUGGACCCAGCUGGAUGACUUCACCACCCCAGAGGGUGAUGUGGAGACCAGCGUUCCUGCCUUCGUGUCCAGGUUCUCCCUGGGGCCCUGCCUGCUGCCCGGGGGCCAGGGGCCCGGGGGCCAGGGGCCCGACGCCUGCUCCUCCUUCAGCCAGAGGAGGCAGCACGCCGAGCAGGUCUGCUCCAUCAUACACAGCCCCGCCUUCCAGCCCUGCCAUGACGUGGUGGAGAGGGAGCCCUACAUGCGAGUGUGUCUGGGGGAGGUGUGUGGCUGCUCCCCCCGGGGGCUCUGUCACUGUGCCGUCCUCACCGCCUACGCCCGCCACUGUGCCCAGGAGGGAGCGCCCGUCGCCUGGCGUAACCACACCUUCUGUCCUCUGCAGUGUACUGGGGGCCAGGUCUACCAGGAGUGUGGCCGUGCGUGUGGUACCAGCUGUGCCGACCUCCAGCGGGGGCGCCGGUGUGUGGGGACCCCCCGGAGCUGUGUGCCAGGCUGCCAGUGCCCCCCAGGCCUGGCGCAGGACCAGCAGGGCCAGUGUGUGCCCGUCGGCAUGUGUCCCUGCCGCCACGGAGACACCCUGUACCAGACAGGCAGCGUCCUGCAGAAAGGCUGCAACACCUGGGUCUUCUUCUGCUGUCUGGAGGUCAGGGUCUUCUUCUGCUGUCUGGAGGUCAGGGUCUUCUUCUGCUGUCUGGAGGUCAGGGUCUUCUUCUGCUGUCUGGAGGUGUUCCUGGGUAACCAUGACGACCAUGGCGUGGUGGAGGUCCGUCUGGACAGGAUGGUGGCGGCGAGGUUUGUGCGCGUGCUGCCUCACGACUUCCAGAACGGCAUCUACCUCCGCCUGGAGCUCAUGGGCUGUGGAGACGCCUACCGCUGGUUGAGCACCCCCCUCCCCCCCGUCUCCCCCCCGGGGCCCUGCAGGGGGGGGCAGUUCCACUGUGGGAACGGCCGGUGUGUUCCUGGGGGCCCCCAGGGGGUGGUGUGUGACGGGGUCAACAACUGUGGAGACGGCACUGACGAGCUGCACUGUGGGAUCCAGCCCUCGCCCACUCCCCGGGGCUGUCCCAGGGGGCAGUACUCCUGCCCUCCACCAGGGGGCUGCAUCAGCGGCUUGCUGCGCUGCGACGGGGUGGCCCACUGUCCCCGUGGGGAGGACGAGGAGGGCUGCCAGGGGCACAUCACCCCCCGCCCCGCCCCCCUCAGGACCCCCUCCAUGGCUGCUGUCACCCAGGCCACGCCCACGCAAGGAGGGCCUGGAUACAGAGGUGUGUGUUCGUCUCCCCUGGGUCUGGAGGACGGGAGGAUUCGUUAUGGUCAGCUGACCUCCUCCUCCUCCCGGGAAAACAACCCUGCUGACGCCGGACGCCUCAACAUCGUACCCAACGUCCAGGUGAUGGAGCCAGGCUGGAGCCCCCUCCCAGCAGACCCUCAGCCCUACUUCCAGGUGGACCUGCUAGAGCCCACCUGGGUGUCAGGUGUGGUGACCCAGGGAGGAGAGCGCAUGUGGGGCUACCUCAGUAAGUACCGCCUGGCCUUCGCUCUGGUGCCCAGCCACUUCUCCAACUACACCCAGACCAGCAGGCCCGGCAGCCCUCCCAAGGUGUUUGAGGUGCGCAUGGUGGGUCGGGCCCCGGUGACCCGCUGGCUGGAGCGUCUGGUCCGUGCACGCUACCUGCGCAUCAUCCCCCUUGAGUUUAGACACACCUUCUACCUGCGGGUGGAGGUCCUGGGCUGCAGGGGAGAUGAGCUGGUGACCCCCAGCAGUGUGACCACAUCUCCCCCUGGUGGUGGGGUGGUGACAGUGCACCGCUGCAGGCCGGGCCAGUUUGCGUGCCGCGGGGGUAGGGAGUGUGUUCCUGUGUCUGCUCUGUGUGACGUCCGGCAGGACUGCCAGGACCACUCUGACGAGCUCAACUGUGGCACUGCCCCUACGGGAGGGUUGCCAGGGAUACAGAACCACACCCUGCCCACAGGAAGUCCAGGUUUCCAUAACUACACCACUGGAGCUCCGGGCCUGCACAGCACAACGCCCCAAGAUGGCCGCCCAGGUGUGGCAUCCUCCGCCAGCCCGGGGCUGCAGCCCAGCAGCCCGCACCCUGGACCCCCCGCCCUGCACUCCACUGCAGCCUGGACCACGCCCCACGACGGGGGUCUUCCCAGGGUGCUGUGUCUGGAGGGCCAGUUCACCUGCCGGGCGGGGGGGUGUGUGGACGCCAGACGGGUGUGUGACGGGAGGAGGGACUGUCUGGAUGGCUCUGAUGAAGAGCGCUGUGGCCCCACCGCCAGCCCCAGCGUGUCCACACAGCGCCCCCUGGUGCCCAGCCCCUGCUCCCACAAGCAGUUCUCCUGCCUCAGCGGGGAGUGUGUCCACCUGGGCCGCAAGUGUGACCUCACCAGGGACUGUGCCGACGGCUCGGACGAGAGGAACUGUGUGGACUGCAUUAUGUCGGGCUGGAGCCAGUGGAGCCGCUGCAGUGUGACCUGUGGGCUGGGCUCACUGUUCCGCCAGAGGAGCAUCCAGAGAGACGCCCUGCAUGGGGGCUCCUGUGGAGGGGCGCAGUACGACAGCAGAGCCUGCUUCCCCCAGGCCUGCCCAGUGGACGGCCAGUGGUCUGAGUGGACAGAGUGGUCCCGGUGUGAUGUCAUGUGUGGGGGCGGGGUCAGGAGGAGGAACCGCACCUGUUCGGACCCACCCCCUAAGAACGGGGGGCGGGACUGUGGGGGCAUGACCCUGCAGAGCCAGAGCUGCAACAGCCAACCCUGCGGCUCCGGCACCGACACACAGACAGGCUGCAGUAACGGCAUGGUUCUGGUGCAGGAGAGAGACUGCCAGGCAGCCAUGUUGGAUCCCUGCCCCCCCACAUGCUCUGAUCUCAGCUCCGCCACCAACUGCUCCUCCACGUGUCUGCCUGGCUGUCGCUGUGCGCCUGGUCUGUUCCUGCAGAACGGUCGGUGUGUGAGCUCCAGCCAGUGUCUCUGUCACUGGGGAGGACUCACCCUCAAGCCUGGACACACAUUCACCUGGGAGUCCUGCCACACAUGUGUGUGUCAACAUGGCCUUGUUACCUGCGACAACUCCAGCUGUGUGGCCUUGUGUGAUUGGUCAGCCUGGUCGUCAUGGACACCGUGUGACAGCACCUGUGGGGUUGGGAUCCAGCAACGCUACAGGUCUACAGUGAGUCCACCAGGGGGCUCCAGAGUUCAGCCCUGCUCCGGAGACUCAGCAGAGGCCAGGCAGUGCUACACCCCCUGUCCUCCUGGCCCCGACCAGGAGGGGGCGCUGUGGGGAGAGUGGACCGUCUGGUCGGACUGCAGUAAGACCUGUUUCAACCACGUGGACCAGGUGGGCCUGAGGCGACGGUUCCGGAGCUGCAACCACACACACUCACACACACUCAACCACACACUCUCACACACACUCAACCACACACUCUUGACAUCCGGCUGUGAAGGACACACUGAGGAGCAGGAACCCUGCAACACUGUACACUGUCCAGUGGCGGGUGGCUGGUCAGACUGGUCCCCCUGGUCCCAGUGCUCGUCAGAUUGUGACUCGGGAGUGCAGACCAGGCGGCGCUCCUGCAAUACCCCCUCCCCCCAGCAGGGGGGCACAACCUGCCCAGGACCACACAUACAGACGCGGGACUGCAACUCCCACCCCUGCUCAGGCGUGUGUCCCGAGGGCAUGGUGUACAUGACGGCGCAGCAGUGUGGGGCGCAGGGUGGGGCGUGCCCCCGCGUGUGUCUAGACGUGGCGGCAGGGGAGGUGCAGUGUGCCACACGCUGCUACGACGGCUGCUACUGCGGCCCCGCCCUCUACCUGCUCAACCACACCUGCGUCCCCCGCGCACUCUGCCCCUGCUACCACCGGGGGGCGCUCCACCCCGCCGGCACCACCCUGCCUGGGGACGCCUGCAACAACUGUACCUGUCGUAACGGGGAAAUGGAGUGCAGCUCGUCUCCCUGUCCUGUGGAUUGUGGGUGGAGCAGCUGGACUCGGUGGAGCGCCUGCAGUCGUACGUGUGACGUGGGCGUGAGGAGGAGGUACCGUUCAGGGACCAAUCCUCCGCCAGCGUUUGGGGGGCGUGUCUGCAGGGGCGACAGGAUUGGCCUGGACACCUGCAGCCUAGAACCAUGCCAGGGUGUGAAGGAACCCUGGGGCCCGUGGUCAGAGUGCUCUGUGUCGUGUGGGGGAGGCUACAGGAACAGGACCAGAGGACCCUUCAGAACACACGGCACCGCUCAGCAGUUCAGCGCCUGCAGCCUGCAGCCCUGCGCAGGAGGUGUGUGUCCAGGGGGGCAGGAGUGGAAGGUGUGUGUGAUUGGGCCGGUCACCUGCUCUGACCUGAGUUUGGACCGCUACAGGAACUGUACCCCAGGGUGCCAGUGUCCCCGAGGGACCCUGCUGCAGGACGGAGUGUGUGUGUGGGAGUCAGAGUGUCGUUGCGAUGUGGACGGGGCCCAGUAUGAGCCGGGAGACACCGUCACCAUGGACUGUAACAACUGUACCUGUGACUCGGGGAGGCUGGUGAACUGCACACAGUCCAGCUGUGACGUGGAUGGUCAGUGGUCGGCGUGGACACCGUGGGGUCAGUGUUCUGUGGCGUGUGGGGCGGGGUUCCAGUCCCGGUACCGGUUCUGCUCCAGCCCACAGCGCUCAGGCAGCGGUCUGUCCUGUCUGGGACCCGACCGGCAGGACCGCGUCUGCAUGGAGGCCUCCUGCUCCCGUGAUGGAGGGUGGGGCUCCUGGAGUAAUUGGACGGACUGUACCAAGUCCUGCGGCGGGGGGGUCCAGAGCCGGCGGCGGGAAUGUGACAGGCCGGCCCCUGAGGGCCAGGGUGACUACUGUGAGGGGCUGGGGAGCGAGGUCACUUCCUGCAACACUGACCACUGCCCAGUGGCCCCCUGCUCUCAGGUCCCUGGAACAGCCUUCAGCAGCUGUGGCCCCUCAUGUCCUCGCUCCUGCGACGACCUGGCUCACUGCGGGUGGCGCUGUGAGCCGGGCUGCUACUGCACGGGAGGGAAGGUGCUGUCUGCUAACGGGACGUCCUGUCUGGAGAGGGAGGACUGUCCCUGUCUGGACCUCAGCACCGGGCACCGUCUGCACCCAGGAGCCUCAACCCUCGCCCCCGACCGCUGCAACAACUGCACCUGUGAGGGAGGAAGACUGAACUGUACCAGAGACCCUUGUCCAGUGGAGGGUGGGUGGUGUGAGUGGUCAGAGUGGACCCCCUGCUCUAAGCCGUGUGGAGCAGAGUGGGUGUCUCGCUACCGGAGCUGUGACUGUCCCCGACCCCGGGGGGGGGGCGCCCCCUGCCUGGGGGAACAGGAGCUACACCACGGCCUGGGCACCCAGAUCCAGAGACAGCCCUGCCCCCUGCUCACCUUCUGUCCAGUCCAUGGUUCAUGGAGUCCCUGGUCGUCCUGGUCGGAGUGUGAGGGGUGUGCCGGGGUGUCGGUGCGGAGCAGGAGGUGCAGCAGCCCCCCCGCCAGGUUCGGGGGCCGGCCCUGCCUCGGGGAGAGCCGGCAGAGCCGCGGCUGCCAUGACAACUCCACCGUCUGCCCAGACUGUGGAGGAGGUCAGGGGGAGUGGGCUUGUGGGAAGCCUUGUCCUCGAUCCUGCUCUGAUCUCCACGGCGACGUGGUGUGUGUGGAGUCCCCGGGGUGCGUCCCGACCUGUGGUUGCCCUGGAAACACUGUGCUUCAGGACGGCCGGUGUGUGGAGAGGGAGGAGUGUCGCUGUAAAUACCACAACCACACAGCCAGCACAGGUGUGCUGGACUCCAGCAACACUUCCUGGGCGUGGCCGGGGGAGCCAGACUGGCUGUACGUUGACCCGGGAGACACGAUCAGCAGCCGCUGUCAAAACUGUUCUUGUGAGGCCGGCGUAUUACUGUGUCAAUCAGUGCCCGGUUGCCACGUCGACGGGGGAUGGAGCCAAUGGGGAGCCUGGUCGCAGUGCUCUACUUCCUGUGGGGGCGGGGCCACAUUCAGAGUCCGACAGUGUGAUAAUCCUGCUCCUCAGGGUGGGGGGCGGGGCUGCGUGGGCGUGGCCGAGCAACAGAGAGAAUGCAACACCCACACCUGCACAGACGCGGGGCCCUGGCAGCCCUGGUCUCUGUGGUCCGUGUGCUCUGUGAGCUGUGGAGGAGGGGAGCAGUCUCGGAACCGCCUCUGCUACGCUCCACCCUGUUCCGGGGUCACCAGGCAGAGCAAGACCUGCAACACACACGUCUGCCUCGAGGUGGGGUGUCCGCCAGGCCGUCUGUACAGGGAGUGUGAGCGAGGAGAGGGGUGUCCGUUCAGCUGUGCCCAGGUGAGCAGGAGAGAGGGAUGCUACUCUGACGGCUGUGAAGAGGGCUGCCACUGCCCCCCCCGCACCUUCCAGCACCACGGAGCCUGCCUACAGGAGUGUCCCUGUCUGGUGGAGCAGGACCUGCUGGCAGACCUGCGGAGCGUGGCGUCCACCCCAGGGUCGACUCUUGACCUCUACAACAUCACCGAGGGGGCGGAGCUCCGGCCUGGAGACACGCUGGUGCACGACUGCAGCUCCUGCUCGUGUCAGCAGGGCAGGUGGAACUGCAGCCUGCAGGCGUGUCCCGUGGACGGGGGCGAGUCCCCCUGGGGCCCCUGGGGCCCCUGCUCCCUGUCCUGUGGGGGCUUGGGGCUGAAGAGCCGUGCCCGCUCCUGCAGCCAGCCCCCCCCAGCCCAUGGGGGCCGGCCGUGCCCGGGGCCCCUCCAGGAGACGGCCUACUGCCAGGCUCCAGACUGCCCAGUGAUAGUUGCUCCCACAGAAGAGCCCAUCAUUCCAGAUGAGGACGCUGGUUUCUCUCCGUGGUCGGCGUGGAGCUCAUGUUCUCGUUCCUGCAGCGACGCCAUCUCCCCGGCCCUCAAGUCCCGCCAGCGACGCUGUGAGACGCCUCCCUGCUCAGGGGGCACUCACCAGGAGAGAGCCUGCAACCUGCCCCAGUGUCCUGGCGAGGUGUGUGAGGGUGGGGACUGCGUCAGCAGGAACUGCUCCUGGACUGAGUGGGCGGACUGGACGGCGUGCUCGCGCUCCUGCGGGGUGGGCCAGCAGCAGAGGAUCCGCACCUUCCUGCAGCCCGGGGCCCAGGGGGCCUGGUGCCACGACAUCCUGGGAGGCAACGUGGAGCUGCGCUUCUGCAACAUCCGAGCCUGCCAGGUGGACGGGGGCUGGUCCCGCUGGAGCUCCUGGUCCCGAUGUGACCGGCGCUGCGGGGGCGGGCGCUCCGUCAGGACGCGCUCCUGCUCCAGCCCCCCACCUAAGAACGCCGGCCGCAGGUGUGAGGGGGAGAAGAACCAGGUGAAGCCUUGCAACACCAGGCCCUGUGAUGAGUCGGGCUGCCCCCCAGGGCAGGAGUUUGUGGCGUGUGCCAACGCCUGUCCUCAGCGCUGCUCUGACCUGCAGCAGGGGCUCCAGUGUCAGGGGAACACAGACUGUCAGACAGGCUGCCGCUGCCCCAAAGGCCAGCUGCAGCAGGGGGGGGUGUGUGUGAAGGUAUGGCAGUGUGACUGUGUGGACUCCCUGGGGCACAGCUGGGCGGCAGGCAGCCAACACCAGCUGGACUGCAACAACUGCAGCUGCGCUGACGGACAGCUCUCCUGCACCAAUCACAGCUGCCUGGAGGCCAGCUGCACCUGGAGCCCCUGGUCCAGUUGGGCGUCCUGCAGCGUCUCGUGUGGGCGGGGCCAGAGGACACGCUUUCGAUCAUUGAUUCCAGAGACCGGGGAGGCAGACUGCAAUUUCGAGGAAGUGGAACACAAACCAUGUGACCCGGGGACCUGCCCCCCGCUGUGUGUCCAUGGCGACCGGGAGCUGAGCGUGGGGGACACCUGGCUGCAGGGGGAGUGUGAGCAGUGCACGUGUACGCCAGAGGGAGACUACUGUCAGGAUUUCGACUGCAGGGUGGAUGGUGAUUGGACGCCCUGGUCCGUGUGGUCUGACUGCUCCGUGACGUGCGGGCGUGGAUCCCAGGUCAGGACCCGCGCCUGCAUCAACCCACCUCCUCGCAACAACGGCAGCACCUGCAGCGGCCCGGAGCGAGAGGCCCAGGACUGCCUCGCACCCCCCUGCCUCGACGACCUUUGCCCCUGGUCGCGGUGGUCGGCAUGCUCGCGUAGCUGUGGGGCGGGGCUAAUACUGCGGAGGAGGAAGUGUGUGUGCGAGGCGGGAGGAGAGAUGGCCUGUCCUGCUGACAUAGAGGCAGAGAGGAACAGAGAGGAGACACAGCUGUGUUACACACAACCCUGUCCUGGCUGUCCCAUGUCAGGGUGGAGUGUGUGGUCGACGUGCUCCUGUGUGUCUCAGAGGCAGCAUCGACAUCGUGCUCCUCUCUCACUGGCCACCAGGGGGCAGCAGUGCACACACCUGGACACCCAGAGCAGAGAGUGCUCUCUGGACACCUGCCACGAAUGUGAGCCUCCGUUCCAGUACUCUGCCUGCGGCGCCCCCUGUGAGCAGCAGUGUGACCUGCAGGGCCAGACACAGAGCUGUGCUGGAGGAAGCCAGUGCACACCUGGAUGUUACUGCCCCCAGGGCCUGCUCCAGCAGAACAGGUCGUGUGUUCCUCCAGAGCAGUGUGGGUGUGUGUACCUGCAGCACCCUGCCUCCGGGCCCCCCCUCCCCACCACCCUGCCCCUCGGGGAGGAAGUCACUCUGGGCUGCAGCACCUGCCUGUGCCACAAGGGGAGGCUGCAGUGUGACUCCAGGGAGUGUGAAGUCAUCCUGAGUGAGUGGUCAGAGUGGACCCCCUGCUCCCCGUGUGUGUUGCGCCCCCUCCCCCCAGCAGAGAGCGCCUCCCUGGUGUCCCUCCAGAGGCGCUACCGGGCCUGUCUGGACCUGGACUCCGGGAUGCCCCUGUCUGUGAUGGGGCGGGGGGCAGAGGGGCAGUGCCCAGGAGAGCUGGAGGAGGAGAGGGUCUGCCCUCAGCCCAACGCUUGCACAGACCAGUGCCAGUGGAGUGUGUGGAGCGUGUGGAGUGUGUGUCAGGAGCCAUGCAGCGGGGGGGUCAGGCACCGCCACAGGCAACCCCAGCCUCCAGGGCUCCAGCCUCCAGGGCUCCAGCCUCCAGGGCUCCAGCCUCCAGGGCUCCAGCCUCCAGGGCUCCAGCCUCCAGGGCUCCAGCCUCCAGGGCUCCAGCCUCCAGGGCUCCAGCCUCCAGGGCUCCAGCCUCCAGGGCUCCAGCCUCCAGGGCUCCAGCCUCCAGGGCUCCAGCCUCCAGGGCUCCAGCCUCCAGGGCCUCACUGCGGGAGCCAGCAGACACAGACACAGAGCUGCAACACAGGGCUCUGUCCAGGUGAGCGUUGUGAGGACAGGGGGCGGACCUUCCAGGAGAGCUGUGCCAAUCAGUGUCCUCGUAGCUGUGCCGACCUAUGGGAGCAUGUGCAGUGUCUGCAGGGGGUGUGUCACUCAGGCUGCAGGUGUCCAGAUGGGAGCCUGCUGCAGGAUGGCUUCUGUGUUCCUGCGUCUCAGUGUCGCUGUGGCGUCCCAGCAGGCAACGGCACGCUGGAGAUCCCCCCCGGAGAGACUGUCACCCAGGACUGUAACACCUGUGUGUGUGAGAAUGGUUCUCUGGUCUGCCCUGCCCGACCCUGCCCCGUCUACCAGCCCUGGUCGCCAUGGAGCUCCUGCUCCACUUCCUGUGGGCGUGGCCAGCGCACCAGGACACGCCCAUGCCAGGACUCCGAGGGCGGGCCUUCCUGUGAAGACUCCGCCCAGGUGGAGACCUGCGAGCUGCCGUCCUGUCCUGCUGGGUGUGUGUUGAGCGAGUGGUCGUCCUGGAGUGAGUGCAGUGCCUCGUGUGGUGGGGGGGUGUCACUGCGGAACAAGACCAUCCUGCAGCCUCCUGAGCCUGGGGGCCUGGCCUGCUCCCCUCCCCUGGAACAGCACACCGCCUGUAACACCAACAGCUGUCUCCCAGACUGCCCGGCCGGCCAGGUGUUCAGCAGGUGUGCAGGUGUGUGUCCCCACACCUGUGAGGACCUGCGCCCCCAGACCGAGUGUCUCCCUGCAGCCUGCAGCCCCGGCUGCUCCUGCCCCCCCCCCCAGGUGCUCCACAGGGGUGUGUGUGUUGCCCAGGCAGGGUGUCCCUGCUCCCCUCUCUCCCUGCCGGGGGGCAACGGCACCCAGCCUGACCCCCAGGAGGAGGUGGAACCUGGAACAGUGGUCAUGCAGCGCUGCAAUACCUGUGUUUGUCGAGCUGGAACGUUUAACUGCACGACGGACGUCUGUGCUGUGGACUGUGAGUGGGCUGUGUGGUCGGCGUGGGGGCCCUGUUCAGUGAGCUGUGGUUCUGGCCAGCGUGGCUCCAGCAGGGGCAUCCUGCGGCCCCGCCUGUACGGAGGACAGGAGUGUGAGGGCCCCAGCCAGCGCUCCACACCGUGCACCGCCCCCGACUGUGCGUGUCCCAGUGGGGAGCGAUGGAGGGGAGAGGCGGCCCAGGUGUGUGAGCGGACCUGUGUGGAGAUGUACCAGAGCGCCCCCUUUACCUGCAGCCACGCCCAGGGGUGUGUGUGUCAGGAUGGCCUGUACCGCAACACACACGGACACUGUGUCAUCCCCGCCCUCUGCCCCUGUGAGGAGGGGGGCCAGCUGCUGGAGGCUGGCACUGAGUGGGAUGAGGGCUGCCUGGUGUGUCGCUGUGUGAACGGGAAGAAGCUUUGCCAGUCCAGAUGCCCUCCACUAUACUGUAACCAGGGGGAGGUUAAAGUGGAGGAUCCUGGCAGUUGCUGUCCAGUCUGCAGGAAGGAGUUUCCUGGUGAUCCAGUGCCAGAAUGUCGCCGCUUCACUGAGGUCAGGAACAUCACCAAGGGAGACUGUCGUCUGGACAACGUGGAAGUGAGCUUCUGCAGGGGCCGCUGUUUGUCCAGGACUGACGUCAUCCUGGAGGAGCCCUACCUCCAGGCGGUGUGUGACUGUUGCAGCUACAGGCUGGACCCGGAGCGCCCGGUGCUGUUCCUCAGCCUGCAGUGUUCUGGAGGAGAGAGCGAGCCUGUCGUCUUGCCUGUCAUACACAGCUGCGAGUGCACCAGCUGCCAGGGAGGGGACCUGUCAGAACGCUGAGUGUGUAUCUGUGUGUGUGUGUGUGUGUGUGCACAUGUUUAUGUGUGUGAGUGUGUGUGUGUUGGGACUGACAAGCAACUGGUCAGGUAUCCUGUGCUGUGCGUGUGUUGUAAACAUCGUUCAGUAGUCCAGUCACCUGACUGGACCCAGCGAUAAUAGACAUAAUGAAGCUUGUAUGUUGCUGUACUGUUCAGCCUUCUGCUGUAUAUAACAAUAAACACACAAU